AUGUCUCAAACACCAAAAGUCAUACUUCUUGAUAUGAAUAUAAUCAACAUUUCUAAAAUCCUCUCAAUUUUUGUACCUUUGUUUUAUUUAAGCUACUUUUCCUUUACUUUGGGAACUAACGAAACUAUUGAUUCAUGUUCUGCUUCUGUGCCCAAACGUGAUAAUGGCAAAUACCUGGAUGCCUUUUUUUCAGCAAGUGUUGAUAUUAAGUCAAAACAAAGCAAUUGCCAAUACGAAUAUUCAGCGAGAAACAACAUCGACGUAUUUACGGCCAAAGAACGUUACAAGUUUAAUCUAAUAACAGAGGGAAGUAAAACAAUAUGGCACACCAUGGAUGAUUCAAAAUACUCGGAACAAAUUCUGGUUGAUAGUGGUAAAAAUCAUCUAAGAAUAAAAAUUAAAGGCGGGGAUCAGGACUAUAGAAAAGAAAACAAUACUUGGAAAGUCGAUGCUUCACCUCCCAGCUCCUCCUCGUCCACAAAUAAUACAAAUCCUUAA